UGAGAGAGAAAGUACGUAUGUGGCCUGUCCUUUAUCACGAGGAGAUGAGAGAGAAAGUACGUAUGUGGCCUGUCCUUUAUCACGAGGAGAUGAGAGAGAAAGUACGUAUGUGGCCUGUCCUUUAUCACGAGGAGAUGAGAGAGAAAGUACGUAUGUGGCCCGUCCUUUAUCACGAGGAGAUGAGAGAGAAAAUGCUCAGAAAACAGUUACUUGCUGAUGAGGUUUUCGCUCAUGACGACACUCCAGGCAUCUGCUUCAGGGAGGGCGAUUUGAAGCAGGGCAAUGCUAUGCCUUUUGUAGACUUCAGAGGGCUGUUCCCAAGUCAGCAUUUUGUGCCGAGGUCAGUCGCCAGCAAGAUGCCCUUCACCUCCGCGGACGACGUAAAAAGGAUGUUCCACGUAUCAUCCGCGACGAGCAAGGGCAUGGAAAAGACCGUGAAGCUCUGCAAUAGGGCGGUGACUUCCCCUGAUGAGCAGAAGAAGUGCAUCUCGUCGGCAGAGGAUAUGAUCGACUACGUCAUUCAGACUCUCGGGUCUGAUAACAUCGAGGCGAGGAGCACGGAGAGUACUAGAGGGUGUGGGAGCGACAUCUUGAUCGGCGAUCUCAAGGUGUUGAACGGAGGUAAGUUUUCCGAUGUGGUGACUUGCCACCAGAUGCAGUUCCCUUACUUGGUUCACUACUGUCAUAGCAUUGCGAAAACUAGAGUUUAUGAGGUGGAGAUAUUGGAUGCGGUGACAAAGGAGAGGGUUAACCACGCUAUAGCUACCUGCCAUAUGAUCUCCAUGGGGAACCCCGAGCCUGGCAACAUUGUAGUCUGCCACUUCAUCUCGCCAUGGGACAUGGUGUGGACCGCCGCUGCUGAGGCUUGAUGUGUGGUGUGCUUGUGUUCUUGCAUGCAUGCGUGCAUCCAUGUGGGUGUGGUCAUGCAUGCAUGCAUGCGUAUAUGCGCUAUAUUGAGCUCUAUGUGAUGUGUGUGUCGUCCUGAGAGAGUGACUGCGUGUGGACGAGUCUAGUGGUAUGUAUCAUGUGUGGUCAUGCGUGCAUACAUGUAUGCAUGCAUGCAAUGUUGUAACCCGUUUCUGGUGUCUCUAUCUUGUUGUUGAAAUAAUAUGCACAUCAUGAAUUUGCUGCCA